AAAAUGGAAUAAAAAUGUUUACAGAAACAAAAAAAAAUUGUAUAUCUAUUUAGCUUAAACCUUGUUCUGUCUUAAAAAGAAACAUCUCGUAAAAUCUCUGUCUUUCUUUCUCUCUGCUUCUCUGUUUUUUCUCUGCAGAGUUUUCUUUCCCUCUAAGAAAAGAAAACGAUAUAUAUUUUUAAAAAUUUCUAGGCUUAUAAGCUUUUAAGUUUCAGAGGAGGAUUAGAGUUACGAGGGUUUUUUUAUGUGUACCAUAAAAGUGGCAAAUCAAGAAGGAAACGUUGGUAAAAAAGCCGAGUUUACCACUCGAGAAGAUGAUGAUGAUGAUCAUGGGACGUUAUCAGACAUCGAUCAAUGGCUAUACUCAUUCACGGCGGAAGACGACCAUCUCCACCAUGAUAACGCUUUCAUGCCUCCCUCGUUGUCAAGUUAUAGCAGAGAGGUGGAGAUGUCUGCAAUAGUCUCUGCUUUGACACAUGUAGUCGCUGGAAAUGUUCCUACUCGUCAAGACGGUGGUUGUGAUGGUAGCGGUGGAGGUGGAGAUGGGACUUCGAAUUCCUCUUCCUCCUCCGGGCAGAAGAGGAGGAGAGAGGUGGAGGAAGGUGGCAAAUCAGUUAAGGCAGCUAAUACUUUGACUGUUGAUCAGUAUUUAUCCGGCGGCAGUUCUAGUUCUAAAGUUAGAGAAGCUUCAAGCAACAUGUCAGGUGGUUCAGUCCCAACAUAUGAAUACACGACUACUACAACAAAUAGUAAUACCGAAACGUCGUCGUCUAAUGGGGACCAACCACGAAGAAGAUACAGAGGAGUAAGACAAAGACCGUGGGGUAAAUGGGCGGCUGAGAUUCGAGAUCCGUUCAAAGCGGCCAGAGUUUGGCUCGGUACGUUCGACAAUGCUGAGUCAGCUGCAAGAGCUUACGAUGAAGCUGCUCUUCGGUUUAGAGGCAGCAAAGCCAAACUCAACUUCCCUGAAAACGUUAAACUCGUUGCAACACAAUCUGUUGUGCCACAAACACAUGUUCAGAGACCAACACAGUUAAGGAACUCAGGUUCUGCUACUACAAGUACCCUUUUGCCCAUAAGACCUGCUUCUGAUCAAAUCGUUCAUUCUCAGCCGUUGAUGCAAUCGUACAACUUGAGUUACUCAGAGAUGACUUAUCAACAACAACAGUUUCAGCAGCAGCAGUUUCCAUUGCGUUUUGAUCAUAGAGGUGGCUCAACAAUGCUAUCCACGUCAUCAUCUUUGUCUCAUUCGCGUCCUCUGUUUUGUCCGGUUCAACCGCCGCUGGAAUCAGCUAGCGAAACCGGUUAUCUACAAUGGUCACCAGACAAGACAAGGAAUGAUAAUAACUAUAAUAAUAGUCCAUCCUCCUGAUGGAAAUUGCUUCAUUUCUUUUUUUUUUUUUUUUUUUUACUAUAAGUAAGUUAGCGUUUAGGUUUUAUUGUUUUGAUGGCUUUGUUACUUGCAUGUUUUGUUUUCAAUAUUUUAUCAUAUUUUGCAUUAUAUUAAUUUGUAAAAUAUGAAAAACACAAUAGGGAGAAAAUAAUUAAAGGAACAAAGAGUUCUGUUUACUAGAUCACAGACGAGAAAGCAUUCUAAUGUAUACCAAUAC